AUGACAUCCCGUAUAAUUCAUAUUUUCCCCAACAAGCUUGACGUUUUCAGAUCCUAUACAGAAUAUUACUCCCGGUCAGUGUACCAGACACAAUAUUAUCAGACUCAAGUCUGCUGCUCUGGCUGGAAACAAACCGGAACAACAUGUAACACACCAAUCUGUAGUCGUGGGUGUGUCCAUGGCUCUUGUACCGCCCCCAAUGUGUGCACCUGUACAAGCGGUUACAGCGGAGCACGGUGUGAUACCGAUAUCAACGAAUGCACGGGUUACCAUGGCUGUCAACACAACUGUGUGAACACUGCAGGAAGCUACAAGUGCACGUGUAGAACUGGAUAUGUAUUGUCUGGCACUAAAAACUGUAACGAUAUCAACGAAUGCACGGGUUUUCAUGGCUGUAGACACUACUGUGUGAACACUGCAGGAAGCUACAGGUGCACGUGUAGAACUGGAUAUGUAUUGCAUGGUACUAAAAACUGUUAUGAUAUCAACGAAUGCACGGCGUCCCAUGGCUGUCAACACAACUGUGUGAACACUGCAGGAAGUUACAAGUGCACGUGUAGAACUGGCUAUGUAUUGAAUGGCACUAAAAACUGUAACGAUAUUAACGAAUGUACGGGGUCCCAUGGCUGUCAACACAACUGUAUGAACAGUGCAGGAAGCUACAGGUGCACGUGUAGAACUGGCUAUGUGUUGUCUGGCACUAAAAACUGUAACGAUAUGAACGAAUGCAUGCGUUUUCAUCGCUGUCAACACAACUGUGUGAACACUGCAGGAAGUUACAUGUGCACGUGUAGAACUGGCUAUGUGUUGUCUGGCACUAAAAACUGUAAUGAUAUUAACGAAUGCACGGGUUACCAUGGCUGUCAACACAACUGUGUGAACACUGCUGGAAGCUACAAGUGCACGUGUAGAACUGGUUAUGUAUUGUCUGGCACUAAAAACUGUAACGAUAUCAACGAAUGCACGGGAUUCCAUGGCUGUCAACACAACUGUGUGAAUACUGCAGGAAGCUACAAGUGCACGUGUAGAACUGGCUAUGUGUUGUCUGGCACUAAAAACUGUAACGAUAUCAACGAAUGCACGGGCUCCCAUGGCUGUCAACACAACUGUGUGAACACUGCAGGGAGCUACAAGUGCUCGUGUAGAACUGGCUAUGUAUUGUCUGGCACUAAAAACUGUAACGAUAUCAACGAAUGCACGGGUUCCCAUGGCUGUCAACACAACUGUGUGAAUACUGCAGGAAGUUACAGGUGCACGUGUAGAACUGGUUAUGUAUUGUAUGGCACUAAAAACUGUAACGAUAUCAACGAAUGCACGGGUUUUCAUGGCUGUCAACACAACUGUGUGAACACUGCAGGAAGUUACAGGUGCACGUGUAGAACUGGUUAUGUAUUGUAUGGCACUAAAAACUGUAACGAUAUCAACGAAUGCACGGGUUCCCUGGACUGUCAACACUACUGUGUGAACACUGCAGGAAGUUACAGGUGCACGUGUAGAUCUGGAUAUGUAUCGUAUGGCACUAAAAACUGUAACGAUGUCAACGAAUGCACGGGUUCCCAUGGCUGUCAACACAACUGUGUGAACACUGCAGGAAGCUACAGGUGCACGUGUAGAACUGGCUAUGUGUUGUCUGGCACUAAAAACUGUAACGAUAUCAACGAAUGCACGGGUUCCCAUGGCUGUCAACACAACUGUGUGAACACUGCAGGAAGUUACAGGUGCACGUGUAGAACUGGUUAUGUAUUGUAUGGCACUAAAAACUGUAACGAUAUCAACGAAUGCACGGGUUUUCAUGGCUGUCAACACAACUGUGUGAACACUGCAGGAAGCUACAGGUGCACGUGUAGAACUGGUUAUGUAUUGUCUGGCACUAAAAACUGUAACGAUAUUGAUGAAUGUUCAACCAAUAAAGGUGGAUGUUCUCAAGUAUGCUCCAAUAUCCCGGGAAGUUACCGCUGUAGUUGUAAUGUUGGCUAUGCCCUGCAGGCGGACAGCCACUCGUGUAGAGAUAGCGACGAAUGUUCCACUGGCAAUGGUGGUUGUACUCACACCUGCACCAACACGGUGGGAAGUUUCUUUUGUACCUGCAGGACUGGAUUUGUGUUGGAUGGGAACGGUCUGACUUGCUCUGACCAUGACGAGUGUUUAACGUCCCAUCAUGGCUGCGAGCAGAAAUGUAACAACCUUCUUGAGAGCUACUACUGUUCCUGCAACAAAGGCUACGUCCUUGCUGCCGACAAGAAACUCUGCAACGAUGUUGACGAAUGCAGUAACGGGACUCAUGCAUGUGAAAAUAACUGUCACAAUACACGUGGUAGCUACACGUGUUCAUGUAGAAAUGGGUAUGAACUGGCGUCCGAUGGACGUGGAUGUACAGAUGUUAACGAGUGUAGUAACGGAACUCAUGCCUGUGAUCAUAACUGUCACAAUACACGUGGUAGCUACACGUGUUUAUGUAGAAAUGGGUAUGAACUGGCCUCCGAUGGACGUGGAUGUACAGAUGUUGACGAGUGCAGUAACGGGACUCAUGUCUGUGAUCACAACUGUCACAAUACACGUGGUAGCUACACGUGUUCAUGUAGAAAUGGGUAUGAACUUGUGUCCGAUGGACGUGGAUGUAUAGAUGUUGACGAGUGCAGUAAUGGGACUCAUGUCUGUGAUCACAACUGUCACAAUACACGUGGUAGCUACACGUGUUCAUGUAGAAAUGGGUAUGAACUGGCGUCCGAUGGAAGUGGAUGUAUAAUUAUUGGUCAACACUUGGAGGCGGUAGUUGAUGCAGCAGCUCCAGGUGAUCAGGGUACAGCAACGCCUGUAAGUCUGAUCACCGGCGUGACAUUCGCCGUCAUUGUGGCCGUCGCCAUCAUCGCUAUCUCGGUUUUCUUUGUAUGUCGACACUAUAGGAACAGGGACAGACGACCAGCGACAGAACGCUCCUCGGCACCAGCUGUUACCUAUGAAAACACGGAAUUCCUGACAGCAUCAAAACACAGAACGGAGAAGAAUCGUGAUGGGAGGCAACAUACGGGGCCUUGGACUGUGCAAACCGGUACUACUAAUGUCUCGAACCCAGACCAGCCCUGUGAAGGCAUUCUGGCAAAGGACAGCGAGGAGCAGGGUGCGUACACGAAGUUAAUCUUCGGAGAGGAGGUGCCGACACCUAUCGGUGAAUAUGAAACUUUGUCAGCCUACCAACGCAGAGCCCAGCAAAACGACUAUGAAUAGUCGGCUUAGAAAUCAUAGUAAGGUCGAGUCAUUAGAAAAAAAGCAACAGAGGAGAUUUGGGACCUAAGUUUUAAUUUUUCUGACCAUAUAAUAUGGCAAACUAGAUCGCUAUUGAACUCUCUCUCUUCCUCUCUCUCUCUCACACGCACAUACUCACACACACACACACACACACACACACACACACAUACACACAGAGCUUGCGUAUGGACGAUAUUAUAUCUUGUAUACCGACAUGUACAGAUUAUGCACAUAUAUUUGCACGUCCACGAUACUGGUUAACAACAUUGGGACAUGGGCAACAUGCCGCCGAUCUUGUGAGCACGCUUUUCGCUUAUAAUAAGCAUCGUAUUUUGCUUUAUAUUCAUAAAUUUCUGAAAAUAUAACAUUAAACAAAAUGUUUAGUAAAGUGUACACUUACCUGUAACUUUGCAGAGAUGAGAAAGCAUGCUGCAAUCCUGAAUCGGCGGUUAAAAAUGAAAUUGUCUCUUGUGUGUACGCUUUCCGUUUAUACAGGCAUGACUGUAAUGGUUUGUAAAAAUAUCAUUCCUUAUCACAUGCCUACUAUAUAACUUAUGUGGUAUUCAAUAUGCGUUAGACUUUUAUUUAGCAUAAGAUUGAUUUUAUUGAAAAUUUCAGCAGGUUUCCCUUUAUCAUUGAGACAUACCUUGGCUACUGGUGCGUCUAUGACUGUGGAGAAAUUACCGCCAAUAAAUUCGUUUUCCAGUUCA